AAUAUCCGAAAUACACUCUUCCCUAGUAGGGCGCUUUGAUAAAUAUAAAAAAUAUAUAUAAAACAUGAUAUAUAAAUAUUAUAUCAAAAAUUUAACUUCAAUUAAUAUAAAUACGCUUUGAAGUCGGCAAACAAAUUUUGAAAUUCACGUUUGAUGUUUAUUUGUUUUUAAUAAAGCCGCAAGUAUGUCUCUACACUUGGAUCAUGCUACAAUACAGAAGCUAACUCAUAACUCUCCUGAGAUAAGGGUGCGCACUUUGGAACAAAUAUGGAAUAAGAUGAAUCGUGCCAAUGAGCAUAACGAAAAACUACACUUCAAGGCAGGAGAGCUAUGCAAACAACUUAUUCGUUGGUUUGAGUUUGAGCCACUAAGUGCUACACAACGGGUGCUUCAGUUACUUUUAUUGAUUCUUCGCUCGAACGAAAAAUCUAUAAGACAGCUAGGUGUAGAGCGUUUCAAAAGAGAAAUGGAUAAAAUUAGGUUGCUACUCAGGAAACGUCCCAGCGAAUCUCAAAUAGUAGAUGAAAUCAUGUACAUAUUGAAAGAAUACCAAUAUAAUCAAUUAGAAGAUAAAAUAGAUGACGUUACAGAAAUUUUUGACUCGCUUUCUGUUGCCAAGGAUGAAGGCAGUCAUUCUAGAAAUAAGGAUCUGUUAAUUCAUUUUGAACCAAUUGAUUAUGAGCCAGCGUGGUCAAUACCUACACCCGCCGAUUUUACAACUCUCACUUUUAUGACUGACCUAUUGUCGUCGACAGAUGUGGAAAAAGUGGAAGCGGCAAAUGUCCUGCUGCAUCUGGAAAUCACAAUGCUAGACUAUCCUGCUGAAUAUAUGCUUCAAUCUCCACAUGUAUUCCUUAAUCUAAUGCAUUUAUAUCGGUUUUACGAUGACAUUGAAAUCAACAGUUUGUUGGAAGAUGUGGCACGAACUAUUAACGCUUACUUGCGCCUGCUUUUAAAGCGAAUAAAAACGCGCAAUAAUGUAACAGCAUAUUCAGUUAAAACAUCAAAAUUCGGUAAUACGCAGCUAAAAGUUGGUACAAUAUUGCGUUUUGCUAUUGAAAAAAGCAUACACAUAUUGGAGGUAACGAUAACUGAAUUCUCCAAAGAAACCCGACAAAUUGUAGAGAUUGUCACUAACUGCCUUGAACUGUAUCGCAUUCAACAAUUAACAAUCGGCACAAAUGUACUUAUGAGGUUAAAUAAAAUUAUUGCAAGCCUUCAAGUAUGUUUCGAGCAGGAUGAACAUUUUACCUUACAACGCAUUAAAUACCUCUUGCUUGUAUGCUUAUUGGACGAUAUUAUGCAGCAUAAUAUGAAAAUGGGAUCUUGUAAAGGAAUUCCACAAGUAUUGGAGUUCCUCUUGUGCGAUUUUUCCUUUAAAGAAAAUUUUCCGAAUCGGUACAAAAACAUUCAACAGCGCUAUUUAAAUGCUGUUGGUGGAUCUAAACGACUUCGGGAAUUAGAUGGUGUUAUUCGUACUACAGUUACUUUAUUAAAAAAUCCUCAAGCCAUCGUGAGUGCAGAUAUUAUAGAAAAUGGACUAGAUAUUUUUGAAGGGUUGGAAAAUUUAAAAAAUAUACAGCUAGCAGAACUAACAUUCAAUGCGAUUGUCAAUUGUAAUGCACACUAUAUUUCGCAGCCAAACUUACGCGCUAAAGCUGAUGAACUUUUACUUCGACUACUGCAUCUUACACAUGAACCACUAAGGUUGCACAUCUUCAAAAUGCUUGCAAUGUCUGUAAAACGACAUUUUGCUGCCCUAAUGGAAUGUGAGUGCUACAGUAUGGGUCUAACUCAUGGACAAUUGUUGGAAGCUCAAGUGUUGGGAGUGCCGCUGAGCGGUGAACUUUUGCUCAAUCUCAUCUACGAAUGCACCGAAGGAGCCCACGAAAGUAUUCGCAAAAUUAGCCAAGACGUUCUUGUAUUUAUAUUGAAAUCUCAGAAACUUUUGGGAGAACAUUGGACUAAACUGUUGGAAUUAUUGUUGCCGGUCUUGCCUUUGUUGCAAUGCUGCACAAAUUCGCCACAGAUAAUAGAACUUUUGCAAAAUUUACUUGAUCCUGAUGCUAAGCAGUUGCCAUUUUUGGCGGUUUUGAAAGGCAGCAUAGGAUUCAUGUUUCACCGUGAUAGCGCCGUACGCAGUGAAGCGUUGACACGCCUUAUAUACAUCAUGAAUUCAGUGCCGGAUGCUGACAAGUAUAUACCGAAUCUGCUUUAUAUAAGUGAUGUUAUACCCAACGAUUUAUGUAUUUUGAAAACACCUCGAGAAUAUACCCGGAUCUUUAUUAAUGUCACAGAUUUUUGUGAGCGGGAUACACUGCUUAAUUUGUUGAGUAUAUUGGAGAUGUCCGAUGUGGAGCCUGUAGUGCGUAAAACGACGCUAAUGCAGCUAAAUGUUAUGUGCCAACAAUGGCACACUCUAUCUGCUUUCUGUGAGGAAAGUGCGCACUAUUUGAUACUGCGAGCGCUCGAAAACUCGAUGGUGGUUGAAUCGUGCGAAGAUUAUACUGGAGCGGCGGUCCCCGCUAUCGGUGUGCUAUGCAAAGUUUUGCUCUAUGAUACUGGGUUGCGGUGCGAACUUUCCGAUACGCCAAAUAUAUAUGUUUUACUACUGCGUGCACUUUGUCUUUACCAGAACGAAAUACAAAUGCGUCAAGAUGCAUGUAUUUGUCUUUUUUUACUACUAUAUGCCAACUAUGUUGUGGUGUUGGGUAAUCAGCGAAUUGAGGCUCCCAAGUCGUUGGGAAAUUUACAAAUACCAUUGAGUUGUGAGUUGCAGGCAAUUAAGAAAAGAGAUAUGUCCCUUCAUCACUACGAUGGUACUUUCAAAAGCAAAUUAGAAGAAAAUUCAUAUAUUCGACAGUUAUUGGCUUUUAACUUUUGCAACCAGCAACUUCCUAUACCCAAGCAAUACUUGGAGAAACAAAAGAGUUACAAUCUCGAUGUAGGGUUACAUUUGACGUUGCGCGAUUGGCGUCUAAUGAAUGCUACAAUACCAAAACAAAAUAUACAUCGGUUUUUACGGGCGAUUCUAAAUGCAACAAGUCACAAUUCGUUAAUUAAUGCAUGUGUUUCACUGCAACUACAGCUAAUGGUGCGUGAUCAGCACUCUACUGCAGGAGCGUUGAUGCCCGAUGAAGUUGCUGACGAGCUAUAUAGUAUAAUUGGCAAGUACUUGCAGCUCUCGCCGGGCAAUGAAACUGAUUAUGAACUUUUCGAAGAAUUGCUCGAUCUUUGCGAUUUUUGUGUACGACUCUCCAUACCCAUAAUAUGUACGCGCUUAUUAAAAGAACUUAUUGCAGACUUCCAACACGCUAUGAUAUCACUUCUUAAGGUAUCGGCGACACCUCUACGCUUGAAUCAUAAAUUGUGUAGUUUACUGGGAAAGGUAAUAGCAGCAGUCAAACCCGUAAAACACGCCGAUGAAGGUAUUUGCAUUUUUAAUAGCAACCUAUUUGAAUUGAUCUUCCAGCUGAUAAUGCAAUAUUUCCAAAAACGGGAUCUGUUACGCAUACGUAGCUUAUUGGAUUUACAAAAAAUACUCAGCGCUUACGAUAUAAAUGUUUCCGAUGAGCAGCUCGUGUCUUACUGCAAGCAUUUCAUCAAAUUAUCGCUUGCUUUGAAGUCCUUCACUCAGACAGGCGCGCAAUGGCAGAUUGAUUGUCUUACCAUUGUUUGUCAAUUAUAUGGACAAAUGAGAGAAGCCGAAACCAGUUUUAAGCUCAGUGAGUCCACAUUAAAGUAUUUGAGUGGCUUAUGCGGUCACUGCGAUCAAGCGGUGCGCGCACUGGCCUGGUGUAUUCUUACGUACGUGUCGCACUUUAAUUCCCAACAAGAUACAAAAAGUUCUCUAGCAAAAGGUGUUGACUUGCUGCAAAAUACCUUAUUUUAUCUUCCUGGAGGCUUUAUGGCAUGCUGUUUGUGCACUUUUCUAGAUGUCGGCGAAACAAUUGGGGUGCGUCAGUUAGCGGCCAAUUUGUUUACUAAGCUUCUCAGUGAUAAGGAUAAAUUUGAAGAUGCAAACGUCUUGCUUACCAGGCAUAGAUUCCUCGAAUUUGCUAGUGAAGCUGUACGUGGCUGCUGUGUAUUUGGCCAACAAUUACCCCCGCACAUUGAUGCCAAUUCUGGAAUCAGCAUAGCCAAUUGCGGUUUGAUUGGUUUUCUUUGUCGAAUUUGUUUAAGAAUGUUGCAGUUGAACGGCGAUUUCGCAACAGUGCUAUGUGCGAGCAAUUUUUUGACCAGAUUGUAUGAGUUGCUGAAGAUAUCACCGGAGCACUCCAACCCUGCUUACUAUACAAUGUGUGGUGAUAUUUGUCACUUGUACGGCGCUUGUUACCCAUCGAAUUUUUCUUUUCUGCAACGCAUUUUGUGUCGGGAUCAAGUAUGGCUAAUCAGCUUUUAUCAGCUGCUCGACCAACCACUUGAGUCUGAUGUUGUAGUCAAUAUAUUACAGCUGCUCUUAGUUAUAUGCAAAGACGACUUGGCCUUUGAGAAGUUAUGUCGAAAUAUUGCCAAAGCCCCUGAAUUUCUUGUGAGAAAUUUUUUGCGCGCUUUUACCAUCAACAAUCUCAACACUCCCUUGCAAAGAUGUUCUUUAGCAGCGCUUAGUUUAUUGUUAAUUAAAUCGCACAACAGACGUCAAAUGCAUGAUGAGCAAAAGACAUUUCUGACGGUGCUGGAAGACGAUAUUGAAAUAAAAGAUCCAACCUUCGCAAAGGACAACCACAUUACGGGCAAAUCAGCAAGUAUAAACGAAAUGGUAAAUGGCAAAAAGAGCAACAGUAGCAGUGACAAUUUAAGCGCCUGUGAUUCAUUGUUUAGAAUAGUUACCAAAUCUGCAGCUGCCUUUAUUUUUGUCCAGUUGUUCCUUCUCUUUCAGCACCUCUAUACAAGAGCGGCUUGCAAAUUUGAUGUUGCACCAUCCAAAACACAAGUACAAGUUAGCGAAACAUUGGGCGUUCUACUGAGUCUUUCCCCUGAAGCGAGGUUAGCAGCUAAGGGUCUGAAACUUUUUGACAAAAUGUCGCAGAUUUUUAAUACGUUUUUUGAGCAGUUCAAGUGCUCUGCUACCACGUAUGUGCGCCGAUAUGGGGAGAACAAGAAACUGGCACUGAUUAAAAAUUUACAACUGCUGCUCAGCGUGCACUCACAUUGGUUUGCAGCGCCGGAUGCAGCGCUCACUGAUAACUUACAGAGCAUCACUCUCUCCAAGCUUACGAUGCAGCUGUGGCCGUUUCUAGCACAUUCCUGCGAAUUAAAGCAGCUAGUAUUGCAGGUGUGCAGCUUUCAUAGCGAACAUUCUUUUAUUGUGAGCCAACAGUUUUCUGUACUGUUUUCCGGAUAUGCGCAUUCAUUGCUGCAGUUAGUUAUCAAGUUGGUUAUAGCGGAAACAACGCGUGUCAAGGCUAGCACAACCGAGAGCUUUCCAGUUAUCAGUACCGGACUGCGCGUCGUUAUGAAUUGUUGCUCGUGUGCCGAAGGUCGCGUCACCAUCAUUAAGGCGCACAUGCUGGACAUAUUUGAUAGUCUGCAUCCGUUUCAUUUGAAAUCACCACAGGUGAAAAUGGAAGUACUGCGCGCUUGGUUGCAAUUUUGGGAGUUAUUUUCCCGUUACCCUGAAGGUGCGCAAACGCGCAAUUUACGCGCUUUGUGUGAUGUCAUUUUACGCGCCCCGGCCGGCAGCGCCACACGCGUACUCACGCUUCGGAUACUACGUAAUAUGUGUUUCUUGCCCAACAACCGUUCAGCUUUUAUGACUUCUUCGGAUUUUGUUUGCACUGUCGAUGCGAUUGUCGCUCAACCAUUAGAUUUGGCAUCAACACCAAAUGGGAUACCGCAGUGUGCCUCUUAUGAGGAGCAAUUGAUUGUAUGUGUUGGAGUUUGGAAAUUAGCAUCUGCAGGCGCUAAGUAUGUUGCACAAUUGCGCAGCACCAAUUUGGCUAAGCAUCUGCGUCGAUUGCACGAACAACUGGUGACUCUGAAAGAAAACGACUCCAAAAAGAUUUCGCAGUUGCCUUUCGCCAAUGAUUUGUCUUAUGUACUUGAUGUAAUUUUAAAUAUUUUCAAUAACUGAUCUGAUUAUCUAUGUA